UAAAUAAAAAGUUAAAGAGAAAUUGAUAAAUAUAAAGCUUUUGUUGUGCCAAAUAGGAAAGUAAUGUCGAACCCGACAUUACCUCAAGGCAAAACCACCGCCAUCUCCAACAUCAUAAACAACAUCAUAAACAACUCUCAUGUUGGCAAUCUAACAGUCCCUGCUAAAGAUGCGGAACCCAAACCAAAAAAAUCUGUUUCUUCGUUCAAAAAUUCAACGCGUAACUUCACCGUUACGCAACAAUACGUGGAUGUCAAAGAGAGCGUAGUUAGGAAGAAAAAAGUAAUUCUACAUUGCCAUGGAUUUCCAGGAACUGGUAAGACCGAGAUUAUGCGCAAACUUGCAGGGGAAUUUCCUUAUGAAAGCAACCACGAGCUUUAUAUAAAGUGGCACAUAAAAUUUGAGGACGAGGGUCAUGAUGCACAAGCCCAAUUACAGGAAUUGGUAAAGUCAUUGUUCCACAGCAACCUUAUUACAGAAGAUGCAAAACAGCGUGUAAUAAGUGACCUGCAACGAAACUGUGCUGGUUCUCUUGCUGAAUUGCUCCGAGAAACAAAAAUCUCUGUGUUGAUUAUUUUCGAAGAUGUUCCUCUUAAAACACCAAAGUUGCUUUCCGAUCUUUUGCGUUCGGUUGACAAAAUUCAAGAGAAUAAUGUUCCCUUCCACGUUUAUAUGGCAACUCGUUAUCAGACUGUUCUGGAAAACGUAGAAAGCAAAAAGAUCUCGUCAUAUCGUUCAAUGAGAGUAAAAGGUUUCAACGAAGAUGAAGGAAUAGAGUAUCUGUUGAACAGAAAUCAGGGAUUCUACGAGACGAUCAGUGAUUCUGAAAAAGAUGCUGCUUGUCAGGUGUUUCAACGUUUCAGUGGUUCAAUUCUAGGGCUAAAAACAGCUAAAGGUUUCCGCGAACGAUCACAGAUUUCAUAUGAGGAUUAUAUGAUCGAAUUGGUCGAAGGAGAAGAAGACUUGCACGCUUUGGAAGUUCAACAGUUGGAGAAGGUUUAUGGCACGAACGUGCGACAUAUUUUCCAGGCUAUUACUUUGCCCUUUCGUGACAACGAUGCAGUUAAUCUGAAAGUAAUGUCGUGUUUGUCAUAUUUACAUUACAACAGCAUUCCAAGAGAGCUUCUCAAUAAAUUGUUUCAACGUUUUCUGUCUGAAAAUGGAGACAUGAGAAGAAAGUUCGGACAAAGCAAAAUAAAAGCUGGUCAAUUGAUCAGUAUGCUCAAUGAGUUCGACUUGUGCGAAAACGGCAAAGAUCUUAAACUACACGAAGUAGUUCUGCAUGCUUUUCGAGUUAACUUGCCGCCUGACGACGAAUCCUUUAAAACCAUGGUCCGGAUUUUGGCUGGUUCUGUGACAAAGGAUUUACGAGAGCCGAAAACGAAAACUAAAAUGAAAUCCAUCUACCCCCAUAUCAGAGUGCUUUUAUCUCACGUCAAGGAAAACCAAACAAGUGACAAACUCACUCAACUACUGUUAAGCCAUCUUUACGAAGUAUACGGGUCUGUAGCAGACGAUAAAGUGUCCUGCUUUGAAUUUCUAAGCCAGGCUUUCAAACUGGUCUUUCAAAUUUUAAAAGGCAUUGAAGACACAGGCUUGACUGAGUUUAUUGCUAAAUACGAAAACAAAGAAAUGAAUGAAGUGUCAGAAGAAUUGUUUGAAUCUUCCAUCUGUUCGGGUGAUAAUUUAGAUAGAGGGUUAAUAACCGAAUACGAAAGCAGCGUUCUAAUAUUCCAGAAGAGAGUUUUAGAUUUUCUUGAAUCAAGGGCAACAGACAAAGCCAGCUUUUUGCAACAGAUUCGACAAAAGCUUGUAACGUGUCCGGUAAUGGGGACAGACAUAAUUGGAAGUCUUCGGGAAGCUAAAUUGUUUCUUGAUGAAGAAAAGCAUCGCAAAGUAUUCUUGGCCGAAAGGAUCGUGUCCAUUCUACAUAGUGCAAGUCGAAUUAUUUUGUAUUGCCAGCAGCUUUCAAUUGAUUACAAGAAGUCACUUUGGUUAUCCAGAAUGGCGACCGCAAUAUCGGGAAAAUGCAGAGAAAAGACGGAUGUCGGUUUACUCUUUGAAGAAAUUUCAGUUUUAGGAGGACAAAUUCCAAUCGGAAUGCGUUGGUGUAAAUCAUUAUGUAGAGGUACAGCAGAAUAUACAGUAGAGAUGAAGAAAUUAAUGCAAAAACAAGAAGCAGGAUUAGCUCGAAAACUUCAAGACUGUCCGUAUGAGAACGGUCUCAUUAAAGAAGUUGACAACGCAGAGUAUCGGGAAAUGAACAUUACAGGACAUCUGAUACGAAUUCGUUCGCGGCUGGUUGAAGUCGAUCGGAAGUAUUAUGAGGACGCCGUAGAAACUUGUCGCCGUUUGCGCUCCCUUGCUAUGAAGAAUGUAAAGCAGUGGGAAGUGGCCAGGAAAUGUCUUAUCUACUGUGGCAAGUUCUACGCCUCCGGUGCUGAGUAUGAGCUUGCAUUGAAUUGUUUUGAAAGUUUUCUUGAUGAUCCAGCAAACGCAGGAGGGCAAUCAUGGCCAUGGGGUAUAUACAACUUUGCUAGAUCAGUUGUGCUACAUCCGACACCUCCGCGUGUGCAUAGAGCUGUAAACUUGUGUCAAACCGUCCUUCAACCAACCACGAAGAUUGAGCCGAACCUUCGUGAAAGAUUAGAAUCUGAACUUCAAAAGCUACAGCAAACAUUGAACUGAAAGUACAGUUGAAUUGUUUGUACUAAAACGAUUCUGUAAUGUCUGUAUUUAAGCGUUUAUAAUUAUAAGCAUAUUUUUUGGAACGAAUGGGUCGAUUUUCAUCUAAUUUUCCUGAACACUGAAAAAAAAUACAAUAAAGUUGUCCAUAAUGUCUGCCUGAUUGAAAAGCGAUAUACAAUGUAAAAAGUAUUGGGAAAUACUCACGACCGAG